CGCCUACCAUCGAAUGACCCGUAACCGAUGGGGCGGAAGAAGAGAGUGGCCCGGGGGGCAUCCUCUGAUGCUCCUCCUACCAGGACUCUCCGACCUCGCAGUGCCCUAACUGGUCGCGUUCCUACGCUUAAGGAGCGCGCUGCCUACCGCGCUGCACAAGAACAAGAGCGUGUGCAAAGGCUACCCCCGCCACCCCCUUCUAUACGAAGCGCUUCAUUCAGUGCCUCUCGCUCGUCGCCUGCACCGUCACUGGCAGACUCUGAGAUCUCCGAGUACCUGCCACCGCCGUCAACGCCGUCUUGGAGACCGCGUCGCCCUCCAUCUAUCGGAUGGCUCUCUCCUCAAAGACGCGCAGACCCGGAUUCGAGGCCGUGUGCAGAGGCGCUGCGCUUAGUAUCGCUUUCGGGUGACCGAUGUCCCUUUACAGGUAUGGAAAGGUGCGACUACACCGUCCACAUCUCCCAUGGCGUGGAUAGAGCGGCGAAGCCUGCCGAUCUUCGAGAUAUCGAAAGGUCCUAUGGUUUGGGCCCAGGUGAAUACUUCGUCAAUUCACGCCUCAACUAUGUAUAUUUGAGCAUCGAUAUACACGCUCCCUGGGAUGGGUACCCGGGCAAGGAUCACCCAAGCAAAGUGAUCAUCAUCCCCGUGAUGUCUGACCUCCAGAAGAUGUAUACGGCGCUCACGGACAAGGUCGUGAGCGACUGGCCCUGGGGAACGGUCGAGCCUCACAAGAACGCCGAGGGCUUCAUUCACUACGAGGAGGUGUUCCCUUUUACGGAGACCGGCUACUACUACCGCAUCGUUCCCCUCAACACUUGGGGGAAAGCCGGUAUCCAGCGUAUCACCGAGCGUCGGGACGGUACCAUCCAGCAGACGCUGAUCCGCCCGCCAUUUACGACCAACUCCGGCAAGCCACGAAUGCCUCUCAAGAGGCUGCAUGUUAAUCCCUACAACAUGGUCUGGAAGACCAACAAGAUCCUCAAGGACCAAGACAACUCUGUCGUGCCAGAGUAUGCUCUUCCUGAGGUCAACCUUAUCCGCAAGAUUGGCGCAAUCAUGACCGGUCUUGUCGAUCCGGAUGCUGCUGACUUCGUCCCUUGACUCUCUUGGGUCGAUCAAUUGAAGCCGCAUUCGCCCGCGCGCCCUGUGGCUGGACCACUCACAUCACGCCGUAUUCUUGGUUCGCCUCUCUGUUCUACCCAUUCCCCGCUUGCCGUCUAUACUUAUGUUCAUCUGAUUCCCUGUAUGCUCUAUAUCCGCUCCUUGUAUUCGUACUCGACUCAUUGUACUUGAAUGAUACUACGCGACUGGCUUGAUAUAACGAGAUAGGUCCCCCUUC